AUGUCAUUUAGGGUUCCUUUUAAUAAAUUGCAUCACCAUCCUAAAAGAGAUCUUUUACUCCUUGUAUUUGGAGACCAUUUUCAAGCCUUAGACACUAGAACAGGUGCAUUGAUAGCUUCCACUCGUGCUUUAUAUUCCGAUAGUAAAGAUCCUGAAAAUCAAAUAUCUCAACCGAAAUACAUUUCACCCGCUGACGUACACAAUACACCUAUAAGAACCGUUGCUUUUCACGAUGGUAUUGGUUCUUUGUUUGCAACCAGUGGAGAAGACAAAUUGCUAAAGGUUUGGGAUCUUGAUUUAGAGUGGAAACUAAAAAAUACGAGACCAGUUACAAAACGACUUGUUUCCAUUGCCUUUAAUAAAGAUGCAUCAAAAAUAAUUACAGCAGAUAAAUUCGGUGAUGUUUUUAGUCAUUCUUUAGAACUGACAGAUGAUAAAAAUUCAUGCGAGUUAUUAUUAGGUCACGUCUCUAUGAUCACAGACAUGCUGUUGACUUUCGACAAUAAAUUCAUAAUCACAGCUGAUCGUGAUGAACAUAUACGCGUUAGUCGAUUUCCAAAAGGAUAUAAAAUUGAAUCUUUUUGUUUGGGUCAUACACAAUUUAUUUCAAAAUUGAAUAUAUUGCCGUGGGAUUCUAAUCUAUUACUUUCAGGAGGUGGUGAUGAUUUUAUUGCCUUAUGGGAUUUUGCAUUAGGAUUGUUAAUUCAACAAUUAGAUAUUAAACAAUUGAUAGAAUCUCAGAUUGAUGAUAAAAAUCAGUUCAAAUUUAUCACAGUGUCAUCCAUUAUCAGUAGUGAUAUUUCGAAGCAUACUGCUAUUCUUAUAGAGAAAUUUCCUGGAAUUAUAAUUUUGAACUGGGAUGAGGUACAACGUCAUUUCAUAUUCAAUCAAAUAUUGACACUUAAGGAUAAUCCACUGGAUAUAUCAUAUGAUCACCGAGGAAAUUUAUGGAUUGCAAAUUCAAUGAAAGAUAAAAGCAAUGAAAAUCUAAUAACAAUGUUUCUGAGAGAAGAUAAUAAUGAGUACACAAAAGUUUCAUACUUUAAUCCUUUAGUUCACCAAAUAAACAAGUUUGGAUCAAUGGAAGUUGAUACACUUCCUGACUUAUACACCACUAAUCAACUUCGCAAAGGAUCUAUUAAUUGGCGAGAAAAAAGGAAUAAUGAACAAAUUGAUGAUUAUAAUGAUUCACAAAGUACAGUUGGUUUAAAAAAUUCUUCAAAGAAAAGGAAAGGACAAGCAAUGGGUAAAAAAACGGUCACAUUUGCAGACGACAAGAAGGGUGAAAUCAAAAAUGAUUAUGAGAAAAUUAAGAAAUCGUCAACAGCAAUCAAGAGUCUGACAGAUCCUAUAAAAAAUAUAGAGGACAAAUGGCAACUUUUGCCAGCUUUCCUUAAAGUUAAGGGCUUAGUGAAACAGCAUAUCGAUUCGUUUAAUUAUUUUGUUGAAACCGAAUUGAAAAAAAUUAUUCGGGCUAACGAUAUGAUAACUUCGGAUGUCGAUCCAUCUUUCUGGUUAAAAUAUCUUGAUAUUAAAAUUGGCCCUCCCGAACGUCCUGAUACUGAUCAUGAUGCCCAUCAAAAUGUAUUCACUCCUCAUGAAUGUCGUUUACGCGAUUUGACAUAUUCAGGAAAUAUUUACGUGGAUGUCGAAUAUGUACGUGGAAAAACAAGGGUUAUUCGCAAAGAUACAAUCAUUGGAAAAUUACCCAUAAUGCUUCGAAGUUCAAAAUGUGUAUUAACGAGUAAAUCCGAUGAAGAUCUGGCAAAAAUGUUUGAAUGCCCUUUAGAUCCAGGUGGAUACUUUAUAAUCAAAGGAACCGAAAAAGUUAUACUCAUUCAAGAACAACUUUCAAAGAAUCGCAUUAUUGUUGAGGGAGAUAAAAAAGGUCUUGUUCAAGCUUAUGUAACAAGUUCAACACAUGAAAGGAAGAGCAAAACUUAUAUAGUCGCAAAGAAUGACGGAAAGAACGAUAAAAUAACUUUAAAACAUAACUCAAUUUCUGAGGAAAUUCCAAUUGUUAUAGUUAUGAAGGCUAUGGGAAUUCAGUCUGAUAAAGAAAUUGCACAAUUGAUUUCAGGUGGAAAUCAAACAUUUUUAAAUAUGUUUUCACCAAAUAUUGAGCAUGCAGCAAAAAUUAAAAUAUUUACCCAAAAGCAAGCUUUAGAUUUUAUUGGAAGUAAAGUUAAAGUGACAAGAAAGAUUGCAAAUGUGAGAAGGCCUAUGGCCGAAGAAGCAUUGGAAAUUCUUGCAACUGUUGUACUUGCACAUGUUCCUGUAAUAGAUUUAAAUUUUCAACCGAAAGUUAUUUACAUUGCUGUAAUGAUUAGACGAGUAUUAAUGGCUUUAGCAAAUGAGAAUUUAGUAGAUGAUCGAGAUUAUGUUGGAAACAAAAGAUUGGAACUGGCGGGAUCUUUGUUAUCUCUUCUUUUUGAAGAUUUGUUUAAAAAGUUCAAUUUUGAUCUCAAAUUGAAUAUCGAUAAAUUAUUAAAGAAACCUAAUCGUGCUUCUGAAUUCGAUGCACAUAAACAAUUAAUGCAACAUGGAGAUUGUAUUACUAAUGGUUUUGUACGCGCUAUCGCUACUGGAAAUUGGUCAUUAAAAAGAUUUAAAAUGGAAAGGGCUGGUAUCACUCAUGUUCUUAGUAGAUUAAGUUAUAUUUCAGCUUUAGGUACUAUGACCAGAAUAACUUCACAAUAUGAGAAAACAAGAAAAAUAAGUGGACCUCGAGCUCUUCAGCCGUCACAAUGGGGUAUGUUAUGUCCUGCUGACACACCCGAAGGUGAAGCUUGUGGAUUAGUUAAAAAUCUCGCUCUUAUGACUCAUAUAACAACUGAUGAUGAAGAAGAACCACUUAGGAGACUUGCAUUUAAUCUUGGUGUUGAAGAUGUUAGUAGUUUAACUGGAAGUGAACUUUAUCAACCAAAUUCUUAUAUGGUUUUUUUGAAUGGUCUUAUGCUUGGUAUUACACGACAGCCUAUAGAAUUUGUCAAAGAUUUUCGAAGUUUACGUCGCUGUGGUCGAAUAUCCGAAUUUGUUAGCAUUUACGUGAAUCAUCAUCAUACAGCUGUUCAUAUUGCUUCUGAUGGUGGUCGAGUAUGUCGUCCUUUAAUAAUAGUGGAAAAUCAAAAACCUAGAGUAACUUCAGAACAUAUUAAAAAAUUAAAACAAGGACGAAUGAAGUUUGCAGAUUUUUUAGAGCAAGGGCUUGUCGAAUAUUUGGAUGUAAAUGAAGAAAAUGAUUCAAACAUUGCUAUAUACGAACGUGAAAUAAUUCUUCAAACUACUCAUCUUGAAAUCGAACCUUUUACUAUUUUGGGUGCAGUUGCCGGAUUAAUUCCAUAUCCUCAUCACAAUCAAAGUCCAAGAAAUACAUAUCAAUGUGCUAUGGGUAAACAAGCUAUUGGAGCUAUAGCAUAUAAUCAAUUACGAAGAAUAGAUACUUUGUUAUAUUUAAUGGUUUACCCACAACAACCAAUGGUCAAGACAAAAACAAUUGAGCUGGUUGGAUAUGAUAAGCUUCCCGCAGGACAAAACGCCAUAGUAGCAGUUAUGAGUUAUUCAGGAUAUGAUAUCGAGGAUGCAUUAGUUCUUAAUAGGGCAUCAGUUGAUCGUGGAUUUGGUCGUUGUCAAGUAAUGAGGAAACACGUCGCUUUAAUGAAGAGAUAUUCAAAUGGAUCUUUUGAUCGGAUAGGGGAUCCUCCCGUAGGUUCGGAAUUACAAACAGGACCAUCUGCCGAACGAUUCAACAUCUUAGAAAAAGAUGGAAUAGCGGGAGUUGGCGAAAGAGUUAACCCUGGACAAGUUAUUGUCAACAGACAUACACCAACUAAUCUUAAUGCUAAUAUUCCUAUUAAUAUGCCUAUUGCCAAUGCUCCUACAAUUCAGUUCACUUGGAAACAUGCUCCUUUGGUUUAUAAAUCACCUGAGCCUGGUUAUAUUGAUAAGGUUUGUAUUACUACUACUGAACAAGAGCAAACUCUUAUAAAAACUUUGAUAAGACAAACGCGAAUUCCUGAAUUGGGGGAUAAAUUUUCAUCACGUCAUGGCCAAAAAGGUGUAUGUGGUAUUAUUGUACCUCAAGAAGAUAUGCCCUUUUCAGAUACUGGCAUAUGUCCUGAUAUUAUUAUGAAUCCUCAUGGCUUCCCUUCCCGUAUGACAGUUGGAAAAAUGAUAGAACUAUUAGCUGGCAAAGCAGGGGUUUUAAAAGGAGAAUUACAAUAUGGGACAGCAUUUGGUGGUAGUAAAGUUGAAGAUAUGAGUAAAAUCUUAAUUGAACAUGGGUACAAUUAUUCUGGCAAAGAUUAUUUAACUUCAGGUAUAACUGGUGAACCUUUAUCUGCUUACAUUUUCUUUGGACCAGUAUAUUACCAAAAAUUAAAACAUAUGGUUGUUGAUAAGAUGCACGCUCGUGCUCGUGGACCACGGGCUGUUUUAACUCGUCAACCUACGGAAGGUCGAUCAAGAGAUGGUGGUCUACGUCUGGGUGAAAUGGAACGAGAUUGUCUUGUUGGUUAUGGCGCUAGCAUGUUACUUAUGGAACGAUUAAUGAUUUCUUCUGAUCAAUUUGACGUUCACGUUUGUGAACAUUGUGGGUUAUUAGGUUAUCGAGGAUGGUGUCAACAUUGUAAGUCAAGUAAACAUAUGGUAACUAUGCAAAUGCCAUAUGCGGCAAAAUUAUUAUUUCAAGAACUUCAAAGCAUGAAUAUUUCCCCUAGAUUAGUUUUAGAAGAAUUUUAA